AUAAAAUGCAGCGACUGGCCUGUCUGUUCUUUCAUUCAGUGAAAUUCACCUCUCUCUCACUUCGUUAAAACAACAAUGAGAAUUAGAAAGAAAUAAACAUGAAUUUGAAGGUGAAGACAACAUUGGUAACAGUGGUAGGUGUUGUAGUAGAGUAGUCGCAGUAAUGAUAGUGGCAUGUGGGCACCACUUCAGAGAAUUUAAUUAUUAAUAUUCAUUAUUAUUAUUAUUAUUAUCUCACUAGAGCUAAAUAAAUAUGUAUGUAUGUUUACCCACCGAUGUACUCAUAUAUGAAAAUAAAUGAACGUAUCUAUGUCUCUAUGUAUGUGUGUGUGUGUAUGUACGUACGUAGGUUAGUAUAUUUUUGCACACACAUUUAAUCCUAACUGGCUUAUUUAUUUUUCUUCAAUAAACUAUUACAACACUUAGUUCAAACUAUCCUCGAUACAUGAAUUCAUCUGUUCAUCUAUAAAAAUAUUUAUCAUAUGUGUGUGCAUGUGUGUAAAUCCAUGUCCAAGUUGAGAAUAUUUUUUUAAAAUGAGAAUGUUGAUAAUCAUAUUAACAAACUGGACAUUGUCCAUUUGGUAUACGGACAGAAUAUCUCAGUAAUAUCUCAGUAAUGUAUUAUCGUAAAAUGUUACCGAUAUAUGUAUAUCAUAUACUCUCACAUGAGCAAACAUGAAGUAUCUAUAUAUGAAUAAGUACUUCACCUAAACGUAGUUUCACAUCAUUACAUGUAUUCGUGUGUUUGUCUAUUCAAUGAUAUAUUGACUUGCAUGGAUGUGUGUCCCUCACUAUCUCUCCGUGUGUUUGUUAAUCAUCUAUGAGGGUAUUCGACAGAUGAGUAAAUUAAUUAUUAGUGAGUGAGCGGAGUGAGGAAAUAACAGUAAACAUUUCCUCUAUUUUAUUCAUUAACUGUAAGGUGCAUAAUUUUUUUUUUUGAGUAAAGAAAAUCGUUAUCAUGAUCAUUUUUAAUAUCACGUUUUUGUGAAUAAAACGAACACUAGAUAGUCCGAGUUUUUCCUAACGUUGACAGUCAUCUUUGAAAUCUAAAAAGAAACGACGACUACCUCAAAAACAACAAUACUGUGAAAACUUCUGUUCACCUACCACAUUAACAUUAAAUUAUCAAUCUAACACUAUUGUAUAAAUUAAAUCACUAUAAAAAUUGUUUCCAAUGUUUCCCAAAAACCCUAAUGUAAUAACGAAGCGAUUUCUUUGAACUUAUCCGCUGAUCAUUAUGAUGGCAACAUUGUUAAAUAAUAUUAAAGAACCUUUACAUCAUAUGACAAAUCAACCAGUUAUGACAGUUACAUCGAACUAUACCGAUUUAACUAUGCUAAAUACGAAAAUUACUACUAGUAACAACAUUAAUAAUAACAACGGAAGUGAUAUUACUACUCACAAUGGUAUCACAAGUAGUAGCAGCAGUGGCCAUUGUAGUGAUAAUAACGAUCUGAAUGUUGCUGAAGCACAUUUAUUAUUGGACAACUGUGAUGAUGCUAUGUUAUCAUCAUGUAACAGUUCACUUAUAAUGGAUGGACAUGAAACUAACUCAGGCAGUAAUUCACCAAUGACCAAUGCAAGUGUAACCAUGGAAACUAAUGAGAAUGUUAUGACUAAUACUAAUGACAACUCUAACAUCAACACUAAAAACAACAGUACACAUCCUAUAAUGCAAACAUCGCCGCCGUCGUCAUCGUCUCCAUCAUCAUCAAUACUGGAGCAUCAUCAAAUAUCUAACUUUAAGAAUAAAGAAUCGAAUGAUUUUCGGUGGAAUACGAAAAAUACUAAAUUAUUUGUUGGACAAAUACCGAGAAGUAUGCAAGAAAAUGAUUUACGGGUGAUUUUUGAAGAAUUUGGACCAAUUUAUGAUCUUUUAAUCUUAAGAGACAAAAUUACUGGGAUGCAUAAAGGUUGUGCCUUCGUUACAUUUUGUCAUAGACAAUCAGCUUUAAAAUGUCAAGAUGCUUUACAUGGUAAACAGACGUUGCCUGGGAUGGCAAGACCAUUACAAGUAAAAACUGCUGAUAUGGAACGUCGUACAGAAGAACGUAAAUUAUUUGUUGGUAUGUUAAGUAAACAACAAAAUGAAGAAGAUGUCAGAUUAUUAUUUGAACCAUUUGGUACAAUUGAAGAAUGUACAAUACUACGAGAUCAAAGUGGAAAUAGUAAAGGGUGCGCGUUUGUAAAAUUCUCUACACAACAGGAAGCACAAUCUGCUAUUCUUACGCUACAUGGAAGUCAAACAAUGCCGGGGGCUUCAUCAAGUAUUGUUGUGAAAUUUGCCGAUAGUGAAAAAGAACGUCAUACAAGAAAAAUUCAACAAUUAAUUGGUCCAAUGGGUUUAUUUAGUCCAACUAUAGCAAUAUCUCAACUAAAUGGUAAUAUGUAUUCACAAAUGAUAGAAAAUAUGGCACAAACAACAGGUUAUAUUAAUCCAGUUGCUGCAUUAGCAUUACAACUUCAGCAUGCCAGUCAAUUAGCUACAGUGAAUUUACCAAAUAAUGUGACAAAUUUAGCAAUGAUUUCCGCUUUAACCAACGGUUCUAGUGGACAUUUAGGCUGUGCUCCAUUACUGCAUAGUCCACGUUCAGGUACUGUUAAUCUAUCGCCUAACUGUCACACAAAUCCAAUGGCUGCGGCAGCAGCUGCCGCCGCUGUGCUUGGUAUGUCCGGCAGUAAUCCUCAGCUAACACAAAUAUCACCUCAAAUGGCAGCUUUAUCUAAUGUAAACAGUACAUGUGUCUCCGGAGAGACAGGGUGUAAUAAUUCCACUAAUAAUGGAAACUCUACAGCGGCAGCAGCCGCCGCUGCACUCAGUACAAAUGCGGCAAUGGCUGCAGCCGCCGCAGCCGUAGUUGCCAUGGCAAAUGGAAAUGUGGCCGGGAAUGUGAAUUCAAAUGGAACAACAGGUGGUUUGGCAGGACAAACAAUAAACUUAGGAUCUCCUGGAGCUAGUGGUCAUACAUUAGCUCUACAUGCAGUUCCUGGGACACAUACACCAUCUGCAAAUCUCAAUGGUCUUGGCGCUGUUUCUCUUCCUUUGAAUCAAGCAAUUUCAAAUGCUUCCUUCGGUUUAAAUACAUUAACAUCUCCAUUAACUGGACUUCCUACUGAUGCACUUUCCCAUUUGUAUCCCAGUGUUCCAACUUAUGGAUUAUCUUAUCCUUCACCGGUUACAUCUGCUUUAAAUCCAUUCGCUACAAUGGCACACCAAGCUCUUACGAUGCCUAUACAACAGAAAGAGGGUACUAAAGAUCUGAUAUUGACAGCCAACAAUUUAACAAACGAUCAACGGGCCAGAGGGAUGCAAUCUUUUCAUAUACCACCUACCACAGGAAUUUGGCGACCCCGAAUUGGCUCAGAUGUUUAUGCCAUUUGGAACAGUAAUCAGUGCUAAAGUAUAUGUUGAUCGUGCGACGAAUCAAAGUAAAUGUUUUGGUUUUGUUAGCUUUGAUAAUCCAACAAGUGCACAAGCAGCUAUACAUGCAAUGAAUGGUUUUCAAAUUGGUAUGAAACGUCUUAAAGUUCAAUUGAAACGUCCAAAAAAUGAUUCUACAAAACCGUAUUGAAACAAAACUACAAUAAUAAUAAUAAUAAUAAUAUUGAAUGUUCAAUAUGGUUUUUAACUUUGUUUUCAUUUAUUUUAUUUUUUCUUCUUUUGUUUAUUCUUAUCACCUUUAAUGUCAUUGUUUUAAACAUUUCAUAUUAUUAAAAAAAAAUCAAGUAUAUUUAUGUUUACUAAUUACAUGUACACAUUCAUUUAAUUAUAAUUAAUGUAUACAAGAUCAAAUGGAGAAAGUGGCAAUACAUGUGAACAUAAAACAAGAAACAAAUCUAUUCUUCAUAAAUAGAAUCAAAUCUAAAACUGUAUUCUUUUGUUUGUUUGCUUCCUUUAGAAAUUCAAUAGAACCUAUUCGUUAGUUUACCUGGUGUACAUAAAAUUGUAUACACAUAAUUACACUAAUAAUAGUAAUAAUGAAUAAGAAAUAAUCCUUUUGAGAACUAUCCAUUGAACAAAAUUUAAUGAACAUCUUCAGUUUAAUCAAUUAUAAACAAAAGUACAAUAAAACACAACAAAAAAACAAAAAACCGAAAAAAAAUUGGAUAAUUUAUUUUUUGAAAAAAAAAAAUUUUCAAUGAUAUUCAUACAAAAAGUAAAUUUAAACAAAAAAUAAACGAAGAUUCAUAUGGAAUAAAUAAAAUAAAUUAACUUACAUUUAAUGUGAUGUGUUUAAUGAAAAAAAAACAAGUAACGUACAUUUUUUGCGGGGUGGGGUGGGGGUGGAAUAUUUUUUUCUGUAAGCUGAUUUAAUGUUGUGUAAUUUGUUUCCUAAAUUAAUUAUUUAUUGUACUGCUUUAUCAGUGAUUUCAAUUCGAUAUAAUUUUCCUAAUUUUAAUGUAUGUAUGUAUGUAUGUAUGGAUGGAUGGAUGGAUGGAUGUAUUGUUCACAACCAUUUCUUAUAAAUUGCUUUCAUAAAUUGGACGAUCAAAAGAAAAACAAAGAAAACUUUACUUGAUUCCUUAAUCAUUAAUAAUUUAGUUUGAUCUUUAUUAUUUUAUUUCUUAAAUUGAAAAUAUUUUGUCGUUAUUAGUUAUCUUUGCAAAUUAUAUUCAUCACAUUCUUUUGUCAAUGGUAUUUCAUUUCUGAAAUUGCUACACUUUUUGGUUUUAUUUAUUAAACUACUUGUAAGUAAUCAAAUGUUUAUCUAAAAAUAUUCUGCAUAUAUUUUGAUCGAUAUUUAAAUUAUGGAGCCUGGAGAUGUGUCAUACCUUACAGAAAGUAUAUACGUUACUAAACAUACUGACCCAAUUAGUAUCAUCAUAAAUAUUCAAAAAUGACGAAAGAGACUGGUAUACUGAAAAGUUGUUAGACAAAUACAAUAAAUAAUCUUCUUCAAAACAGAAAAACAAUUUUAAGUGUAAGCUUUCCUUUUCUAAUAAUUAUUUAUUCAUAACGUUUGGAGGAUAAUUGAGUAGUAUAUACAAUCAAACUUGAAAAAAACAGACGAGAACAAUCAAUUUCUUGAUUAUUUCUCAACAUUUAUGCAUCGAAAAUGUUACAGUUCUCACUUGGAAUUAACUUUUAUUUUGUUUUACAUAACAGUAAAAAAAAAACACUAACUCUACAUAAGCUACUCUUCAAUAUUAAAAUUAAAUGCGUUUACAAAGAAGAAAAUAUUUUUAAAAAAACAGGUAAGUAGAUGAGUUAUUUCAGUUAUAUAACAUCUUCACAUACAUUUAUAUGUAUACAUGUAAUGAUUUCUUGGCUACAAGACCAUCAUAUUUCAUCUAAUUUUUGACUGGAUUCCAAGUAUCACUUCAAAUAUGUUUUUAAUUAUUUGUGUAUAUGCAGUGUUUGUGUGUGAAAACGGUAUGAUAAAAUACUUAUUUCAUUUC